AAAAAAAAAUCAAUUCAUCUUCAACUCAUCGUGAGCAUCACAAUUGACCUUGUUCACGACAAAGGACAAGGAUCCUCAGCUUCUGCUCCGAUUUUCCCCUUGAAGCAGCGAAUCACAGCCGCGCGUGGUCGUGUUCUCGCUUCUCAACACCAUUAAUGCAAGCCAUAACCUUGGCGCCUCUCGUGUCUACGUCGCGAUGCCAUUUUGAGGCCAAUCAAACGCUAUAGGACCGGCGCGUCCCCUAACAUGGCGGGCAGGAAUGGCUGGACUCAUUUCAGAUCAUGAGUGCGCUUCCCUCUGCCGUAAGAGUCGACCGUAGGCCUUGCUCAAAGAUGGUGCGUCUCCGUCUUUUACUUCGUCUGCAUCGUCCAUCGCAGGACUAGCAGUAUCUUCAUCAUGGCGACCGUCCUCCCUUUGAGGCUCCUCAGUCUGGCCAAUGGAGAGUUCUCCGUCAUCGAUCCGCGAGCGAGUAUGAUUUCCGAAUUCGAUAUUGUUUCUUACACCUGGGGAGAUCUGGUUGAGCCGUACAUGUGCGGUAUCCCCGGCGUGACCUGGAAGAUACCUCUCAGGCCGGAGAAACUGGCUGCUAUCAUGAGACUACUGGGCAGCAUAAGCUCUGAAACGAGGUACUUGUGGUGCGAUUGCGUCUGCCUGAACCAAGACGACAUGGACGAAAAGGCCGUUGAGAUCCCUCGGAUGUUCGACUAUUACAAAAGCGCUCGCAAAUGCCACAUCUUGCUCGACAUACCCUUGGUCUGGAACCCGCAGGAGAUUGUCGACAAUCUGAAAUUUCUAGACCACGUACUUGCUCAUAUGGGCGGUGCCGCGCUCGCUUCGGAGGCGAGGCUGACCCCCAAUGUGAUCAAUCGUCUGGCUCAAUGGGCAGGAAGGACAGAUUUUCCGCUUGAAAAAUCCAUCAUGCGAUCGGCUGCUGUAGACAUGGGUGUGCUUAAUUGUUAUGCCGCUUGCAUUCAUCAUGUCAAGUCACUUUUUGACAAUGACUACUUCAGCAGAGUGUGGACGUUUCAGGAGAUGAUUCUCGGCAAGAACAUCAUAUUGUGGGCAAACAACUCCGAACGCAUGGAUUACAUCGGUCAGCUCGAGACGUGGAUGGAUUUGGCGACAGAUUCCCGAGAUAAAGCGCACAAGCUAUUUCGUUGGAUCGACGAGUGUCGAGUGGUGAAUACGGGUUCAGUCAAUGCCAUCUUGAGGAUCAUAGCAGAAGAUGAGCUUGAUCUUGAGAGCUUGAAGACUCAAGUGAGAGGCAUCGGGGGAGCAAGGGCAGACAUCAUUACUGGCGGAGCUAUCUGGUGGCAAGACAAUUUCAAAGGCAUAAUGAACAUCUUCUCCGCAAUAUCACUAUCGCCUCGAAAGUGUCGGGAGAAGGCGGACAUCUUUCGAGGCCUUUUGGGAAUAUUUUGCGGUUUAUUCUCAGCCGACGAGGUGAAGAGAGAUCUGUCCGGAGAGGAUCUGGAUAUGAUAUCGUUCAAUUUCUUCAAGCAGUUAUCUCACAAGACUGGUGUCGCAUGGACCAAGCUUGCUGUCAGCAGUCGAGAGAGGGGCGAGUGGGAUUGGAUACCCGUAGUGGAAAAUCACAACGAUGUGAUGACCACAGACUGCUUCGCCGGAGUCAUCGAACUUGGGAGGCUGAAGCCCAAAGGUUUAGCCAAAGCUAUUGCCGACACUGGUAUCAAGGGCUCUCCGCGCACAUACAUGAAAUUGCGGCUCGAAAAGCAAGAAGGACCAUUCCAGUUCUACUUCAAAGGCUGUAACUGCGGAAAGUCAGUCAAAAAAUCCUUCUUUAAGUCUGAGCCGAUACCGACCAAUGAUCAGCCGAGAGAUGUGGUGAAAGACGAGACUGGUAGGGUGCUGGUGCAAAGCGCGACUAUUUUAGCGACCCUUAUGAGUCCUGGUUACGAUGUUGUCGAGUAUAGACGGAAGCUCCUGAAAACGUUUCAGCCUCACUGGAAUGUCAGCGAUCCCAGUGCUAAACCACCGAAUUGGAUCGAUCGGUGCGUAUCUGGUACGCCAUGGGAGAACCCGGAUUUGCGAUUUUUACGGACACAUAAUAUGUCAAUGAACUAUCGUAUGCUUGACAUAGAUACUGCCAGUUGCGGCUCCCGUCUUGCAAACGAAAGCACAGCAAAAAUAUCCUGUGAGGUGCACAUCAACUGCGGAUGCAUCAUUAUUGCGCCAUUCCCGUAUAUCUUCCAAGCUAUUUCCGCUGUUCAAGGAAGCUUCUUAGGACAGCUGAACGCAAGCAUUGAUAACGAUGACCGCAUCAUUCUGAAAGACGGAGUGGGUCUAAUACAAGUCGGAGAUGUGGGCAAGACAUUCCAUCUCGUAGCGUUCUCAGGCGACAACGACGCGCACAGAUCCUAUGCGUCCAGUUGUAGGAGCACGAAAGCCGACAAAGCGGUGGUUCCCAACCAAAUGCCCAUGUGGCCGACCGGGCGUGCUUUCGUGCGCGAAGACUUCUCACAUGGCCUCACUGAUGGCCUGAGGGACUACGGCUAUGUCCCUACAGGCGGGUCUGGAAAUCUGCUCAUAUGUAGGAAUACGCCUAUAGAUCAAUACAGGGUUAUAGGGGUAUGCAUCGAUGAGUACAUACACCACGAGAAGCAAAGGCGUGAAUAUUCACUCGGAAUUGCUGUGUAUCCGUAUUUGAAUCCUAAUAUUGAUGAGACAAUGACGGGAAUGCUCCAGUGCACUCAUGUCUAUGACAAUCGGCUAAACCAAAACUAUCUUGUAAAAGCCAACAGACCUGAAAACCUAGUCAUCGAACUGCGACCGUUACGAACUUUCUGGGUGAGGUCUGAACUUGCCACAGGCUUCGGAUAUAUCAGCUAUUGCUACUCGGCCAAGCAGAUCUUUUUCGAGGGCAAGGCAUCCUUGGUAGAAUCAAGAAAGGACAGUAUCCUAGUACCAAGCUCAUGGAAUGUCCAACUGAUCGAUCCCAGUUCGUCCUCACUCACGGAUCGUCCACAGACAAAUGCUGUGUCGUAUUAUCGCAUUCGUGUCUUUUUCGUAACCACCGAGAUGGGCCAGCUUGAUCUUCCCCGCAGCGUCACAUCCGUUCAGGCUCCAGCCAAGUCCAGAUCGUCAUAUCCCCACAACCAAUCCACGAACCGCCCGGAGUUCCGCCCCGAGCACGCUUUGUAUACUUCGGAACUCCUCUCAUACCGACCUAGUGGUUCCCGUCUUCUCCCCGUGCCGCAAUCAACCGCGCCAGCCCUAUGCUGA